UAGACUUCAAGCACGCGUCCGGACCAUCAAGAUGGUGAAUGGGCCGCGGUUCGAACACCCUCACCACCAAGGGCCUGGACCACCGCCCUUGAUGCAGCAUCAACAGCAGGGCCGGGAGAUGGGUAUGGUAACGGGGGGCAUCCAGGUCAAGCAGGAGUACAAUCUACAGCCCCAGACGUCGUGCUGCGGCGAGCGGAGCCAGAGCAGUUCCCAGCGGAGCAUCCUAGCCACCAUGGAGCAGACUCUCAGACAGUAUCAGCUUUCGCCAGUCUUCGACAGGAAGUCCCUCGUCAUCAGGUCACCCAACAAGGUCAAGGUGGAGCAGUCUGGCGCUGUGACGGUGCUCUCGACCCACGCGGACCUGGACGGUGGGUCGGGUGGGAUGGAGGACAUGGGGAUGGGGCGCCCUGGCUCCAAUGGUCUGAAAAGACCCCACCUAGACUUCACCCCCAAGCAGGAACCCCUGCUCCAGAGUUUUAUGAAUUCCCCCAUGAAACUCUUGGAUACUCCCAUUAAAAACCUAUUGGAUACUCCUAUCAAGACCCAGUAUGAUAUCCCUUCCUGCCACUGCGUGGAGUCAAUCAGUGAGAAGGACGAGGGGCCGUAUUACACUCACCUGGGCUCCGCUCCGAAUAUCAAGGCCAUCCGUGACAUCAUGGAGACAAGGUGGGUUGUUUUAUCCCGCGUCACCCACAUAAUACAAACAGGUUUUUCUGUGCACAAUUACUGAACGUAGAACUUCUCAAUGUUUCAAACAAACAUUUUAACGGUUGCUUUCUCACACGCAAAUAAACCAUAGGAACAGGUAUUUCUGUGCACAAUUACUGAACUUUUCAUGGUUUCAAACAAACAUUUCAAUUCAAGCUUUCUCACACCAGAGCCAUUUUGGGAUCACUUUCUGGUCACAUGACCUCCAUACUUAGAGUGACAGGUUCCUGAUUUUACCACUCACCAGAAUUCAACAUGGUGGCAUAUAAAUGGAUAUGACACGUAGACAUUCCAUUAGUAUUUAACCUGGGAAUACGUGCGUCAAGUCUGUAUUUGUUCCAUUCCUUUUACAUUUGUGAUCCUCUGUAGCUGUGUGUACUGUGUCCUCUGUAGCUCAGUUGGUAGAGCAUGGCUCUUGCAACGCCAGGAUAAUGGGUUCGAUUCCUGAGACCACCCGUACGUAAAAUGUAUGCAUGCAUGAGUGUAUGCUGCUUUGGAUAACAGCGUCUGCUAAAUGGUAUAUAAGCCCUGGAUCGCUGAUGCUAUUGAGAGGCUUUGAUGCCAUAUUGGUACUCCCCAGUAGGAGCAGGCCGUGUUAGGAAUGAAUUGAUUUCUACAGUGUUUUAAGAACAAAAUUACAUGUGUUUUGUUGUUGUGGUGGGGACAAUAACAUUAGUGAUCUCUAAAAAAUGAUAUUUUAAGGAAAAUUGUCUAUUUUUUAAAUUUGUAUGUUUAGGUGACAUCAUAUAAUUUAAAAGUAUGCAUUAAGGU